AUGGCCGACGAAUAUGAUUACGAUGUGGAUGAGUUCGACUAUGGCGAUGGCUGGAUGUAUGUCGAGGACGAGUUUGGCUUGGCGGACGAGCUGGCCGAAGGGCAAAUACCGGACCCGGGUUACUCGGGGACGAAUAACGAGAUCGAGAUGGACGAGUACGAAUACGACUUCUUCGACUACUGGAUUGACGCCGAGUAUGGAGACGAUCCCUACUGGGACCAUGGCGAUCAGCGGAGUGGUACUGCAGCAUCACCGGAGAAGUCUGGGCAGAAGAGGAAGAGAAGCGCACCAGCCAAGCCUUCUGUGGUGGACAAGAGGAGAAAGACCUCGGGCAAGCAGCAGCAGCAAUCGAUACCAGUACCUCCGGGUGGUGUAGUUGACAAUGUGGUCUUUCUAAGCCAGAACGAGCGCUACAGGAGAUCGACGGCAAAGCCAGCACCAGGUAAUCACUUGAAGAGAUAUGGACUACUACCCGACUGGGAAACACGCUUCGCGGACGCGGAUGGCGAGGUGAAGAUUGUCGAUAUGCCAGUGGACAUGAUGCAGGCGGCUGAAGCCACUGCGGACGAGACGCCGACCAAUAUUCGGGCAUUGAGUGCUGAGGUUCUGGAUGGAGAUGAGGAUGGAGAAGGAUGGGAGGACGAGGGCGAGGACGCAGAAAUUGAGGGAGGAUCAGGGCUUGAGCUCGAUCCUGAGAUGCUCAAAACGAUUUUGAGGCAGAGACUUGGUGAGGCUGGACUAGAAGGCAUGGAUGAGGGUGCGUUCAUGGCAUCUAUCAGCAAGCUGCUUUCAGGUGAAGCUGCGGAUGAUGAUGCCACCGCACAUCUGGCAGACAUGCUUCUUGGAAAGGCCGCAAGUGGUGGCGGCGGUGACUCUGCAGUCUCUAGCUGGCUGUCGCAGCAAGGUGUGACGCUCGAAGAGGAUGACGACGAUACCUCGUCGGUCGCUGCCUCGUCGGUCGCUACCGCAGGGCUUCCUGGGCCAUCAACAAUGCUUUCUGUCAAGAGGAACGCAAUCAUGUCGCCGCCUGACAGCGGCGUGAGUGGCUUGGACUCGUCGUCGCAAACUGCUGUUGCAUCGAAAGAAAUGCCUCUGCAUUCUGGAAGCCCCAAAGCUCAGCACAUGAAGCCACCGAGGAAGAAAGUGAGCUUCGAUGUCCCACGAACCGAAGAGGAGGACGAGGAGCUGGACGACGGCGACGAGGCAUCGAUGACGUUGCCGACAAGUCAGCAUGGCGUACCGAAGGUCGCAGUAACAGCCGCUCGAGCAGUACAAAGCAAAGUUGCAAGUGCUAGAGCGAAAGCUGCUGUCAAGGACCGUGCGACACCGGGUGAUCAAUUGCAGGACGAGCUCGCGGUCGAAGCAGACGUUGUGGUAGCGCCUAUCAGGCAGACUAGAAAGAGGAAGGCUGCGAAUGAAAGCGAUAUUGCGAGUGACGUAGCGGAGCUGGGUAAAAGGGCUGUCAAGGAACCUGCGACGAGGAAGACGAGGAGUGCCAGAGCGAGAAGUGGGAAGUGA